AUGAGAUCAAGUAAUAUAUUUUAUGUGAUUUCUGAAAUACUGAAAAUUUUGAAGCAUAGAAGUGUUAGAGGGCUUAGUCUUGUAGCCUUUGAGCUUGAAGUUGUUGGUUAUACCAUUGCUUUGGCGUAUUGCCUUCAUACAGGACUACCCUUUUCAGCUUAUGGGGAGUUGGUAUUUCUUUUGAUCCAAGCGAUAAUAUUAGUUGCGGUUAUUUACUACUUUUCGCAACCCCUCGGCAUCUCAACAUGGAUCAGGGCAGUGCCAUUCUGUGCUAUAGCACCAACGGUCUUAGCUGGUCAAAUUGAUCCUAUUCUAUUUGAAGCUCUAUAUCUAUCCCAGCAUGCAAUAUUUUUCAUUGCCAGGGUACCGCAAAUAUGGAAGAACUUUUCUAACAAAAGCACUGGAGAGCUCAGCUUCUUAACAUGCUUUAUGAAUACUGCUGGCUCGCUUGUGAGAGUAUUUACCAGCAUCCAGGAAAAAGCACCACCAAGCGUUGUUGCGGGCUCGGUUCUUGGUAUCUUGACAAAUGGUACAAUCCUGACUCAAAUUAUUAUAUAUCUAAAGCCGCAAGUCGAGAAGGAGAAGAAGGCAGAGUAAAUUUAUACCAUGUCCCAAGUAGACUAUGAUUCAGUGGAAAGGUUUAGAUCGGUGAGCU